AUGAAUGUAGCAAAUUCGCUUCGAAUUUCUACUUUUAAUAUUCGUUAUGAUUCUAUGGGUGGUGGUUUCCCUGCAUUACCUGCAUUAAACUUAAAUGAAACUAUUAAUACAACUAGUUUUAAAGUUCUGGUUAAUCAAGUUCAAGAUUUGACAGUUUUACUUGGAGAAGAUUGGGAUUGGGUUGGUGUAGGACGUGAUGAUGGAAAGGAUAAGGAAUCAAUGAAUAUUUGGCUAUCCGAAACUCCAGAUGUUCCAGGCAGCGUAGGUUGGGAUGCGAUCUUACCUCGAAUUGUAACUCAAGCAAGAUUUCAAGAUUUGUUGACAAAUUCAAUCUUUUGGUGGUUCAAUACUCACUUUGAUAAUGAGGGACGUAUCGCAAGAGAAGAAAGUGCAAAAUUAAUAAUGAAAAAUUCUCAUGAUUUAUUGGAAUCUGAUUCUGAAACAUUAAUUCUUACCGGCGAUUUCAAUUGUGAAGAAAAGGAUAAACCUUACCAAUUACUUACAGGAGAAAAAUAUAUUGAUAAAUCUUUAAAAAAAGAGGAAUUAUUCAGUGAUAGUCGAUAUGAAAUUAUGCGACCUCAUGCAAUUUCUUUUGGUCAUUCCAACACAUUCACAGGAUUUUCACCAGAUGUUAAACCAAUUAGAAUUGAUUUCAUUUUAAUUAAUGAUAAUGCUUUAUUGAAAAAGAAAUUUGUCAAAGUUUUAAAUCAUGGGGUUAUGCCAAAUCUUUAUGAUGAUGGAUUAUAUAUUAGUGAUCAUCGACCAGUUAUUGCUGACUUAUUAUUUCAGUGA